CGUCACUAUCACUGCUCAAAGAAACACAUUCUACAGGACGGCCAGAACAUGACUGCUACAUACCAGGCCCCAGGUCUAGGAGGCCUCUUCUUGGGGCGUGCGAUUAAGCCCGUGCGCUGCGAAGUUCAGGUUGGACCAGCCCCGUACAACCAGUCUUCUAAUUGGAACUUUCGUCCUGGAAUCUACACUGCCAAAGAUGUCGUGCGAGAAAUCGCAGUUCUCUUCGAAUCGGUAAUCGUCCAACUCGGCCCCGACCCACCUGGGACUCCUUCUACGCGCUCUAUUCUCAUGGAUGGCCUGCGCUCGAGUCUUUCCCAUGAAGGUCGGGAAGCUACGCUUCUCCUCUCAGACUGGAAGAGUGCCGAGCCGUGUGAAAUCACCAAGCAAGCUCUCCGAGUUGGAGGUGCUCUCUACAGCUACGCCAGCGAAGUCAAUCACAAGGUCCAAGGAGAUCCGCAUCUCACCGUUUACAGUCCUUGUGAAGGUCACAAAUGGAUUCCUCCGGCCGGGCGACUUUUGAGAAGCGCCAGAAGUUCGCCGAUCCUCAUGAUGUUGUAUAACGAGUGGCUCCACCAAAUGACUUGCCUACGCGAUGGGCUGUUGCCAUACGCCAACUUUGAAGAGGUGCAGUUGAAUCUGCAAGACACAAGCGCCAGAGGAACGCGACCUUUAGAAGAGAUCCGAGAAAACUUCGUCCUCAAGAUUAGAGGCGGUUCAGCAAAUCGAGCUGAUUUCGUCGAUGUUGCAAAAGUCUUCACAGCCCCCAGCCUACCUAGUGGAGGAUAUGGGUUCCAGUAUCAGAAAGGAACCGUCCUUCCGCAGUCGUUGUUUUCAGAAGGGCGCUCGAGCCUACUACGCUACAUACCUACGGCACUCGUUGAAGCAGGAAACGAGCCGGUUCUAUUCGAUUUCGGGUCCGAUCUUUUGACUUCAUCGGAGACUAUUGAUACCUCGUCUCUUGCUUCUUCGUCGGCUGCUCCUAGCCGCCUAAUCGAAACUGCAAUCACUGCGGAAGGCACGAGGCGUGAUAGCUUUGAAAUUGGCGCAUCACAGCAACUUAAACUUAUUGGGACAUUCGAGAAAGGCCAGAGUUUUGCCGUAGGUAUUGGGCGUAUCCUUCGAGGCUUGGAUCAAGCACGUCACUUUGACUUAAGCGACGAGAAAUGGCUCACUGGCAAGAAAGACAGUGGAUUCCACGAGGCAUCAGAAAUUCUGUCAGUGAAGGGCACACUCUCCCAGACGAAACCUGUUCUUAUCGUGGUUCAUGCCAGCGAUCCUGUCGUUCGACUAGCACUGAUUGGAAAGCUGGAACCUGGAAGCGUGUAUUUGGAUGGAGCUCCUGAUGGAUUCGACACUCCCAGCAUUCAGAAAGGUCGCUUUGUCAUCGUAAAGGGUUAGAGAUCUACUGCAAAAAAUGGGAUGGUAUCCGUUCCUGCACUCUGUCAAUUUGCGUGCAGAUCAGAUGCGGGGCUGCAAUUAAUAAUUCGGAGGACUUUGGUCGUUGAACGAAACGUCCAUGUGUCACGUGAUCAAAGCCAUUCCGGGCUCCACCUGAAGUCAAUCUCGUGCCUGAGCAUCCCUCUCUUUAGGGAUAGCUUGUUAAUGAUCUCAUUUCUUCAAAAAUAAUACAUGUAGCGUUUGCAUACAUCAACACGCAUCUAUCAUUCUUGCCUUGAUUUUACUCGUAAAUACCGGCACUAUGAGCG